UGGUGGCCAGAGAGGAAGCAAAAUUAAGCCACAUCAUACCAAAAUAUAUUAUAGGAAUAUCAAUAGAUUAAUUGCUAGAUUUCAUGGGGAGAUCUCCUUGCUGCGAUGAAAAUGGCCUCAAGAAAGGCCCCUGGACUCCUGAAGAAGAUGAAAAGCUUGUGCAGCAUAUACAGAAACACGGCCAUGGAAGCUGGAGAGCCCUCCCUAAACUUGCAGGUCUUAAUAGAUGUGGAAAAAGCUGUAGGUUAAGAUGGACGAAUUAUUUAAGACCUGAUAUCAAGAGGGGAAAGUUCUCUGCAGACGAAGAGCAAACAAUUCUUCAUCUUCAUUCCAUCCUUGGAAACAAAUGGUCUGCAAUUGCCACACACCUACCGGGGCGGACUGACAAUGAAAUCAAGAACUUCUGGAACACCCAUUUGAAGAAGAGGCUUAUCCAGAUGGGUAUAGACCCAAUGACCCAUCAACCCAGGACAGACAUCUUUGCCUGUUUACCCCAACUCCUAGCCCUAGCCAACCUAAGAGACCUUGUGGAGAUGAACCAUUUUCACUUAGAUGAACCUGCUGUCCGGUUUCAGACGGAAUCUGUUCAGUUGGCUAAUAAGCUUCAGUACCUACAACAAUGCCUUUCCCAAACUGCAACAUCAAUGGGCAACAUUAAUGUUAAUAGUAACAGUCCAACCGAUGUGGAAGCAUUGAAUCUAUUGAACUCUUGGGUUCCUAAUUCUGUCCUAACUUCAACAGAAACAAUGGAGAUUAAUCCAUUUGGAAAUGAAGAUGCUACCCCUCAACCACUCCACCAUCCAAGUCUAUUAGACCAACCACAGGUCCCUUUCAACUUUCAAACUUCUCUGAAUGGCGAUCGGAUGGGCCACUGUAGCCGUUUUACCGAUCACCAGCAAAUUGAUUCGACAUCGCCUUGGGUUCUACCUGUUCCUCCCACGGUGACAGAGACUUCCAUAAGCAAUCCGGCCGGAGCAAGCACCACUUCUAGCUACAAUGGCAGCACUUCUCCGAACUGGCUGGAUCUGUAUUUUGAUCACCCUAUAUUACAAGAGAUUUAAUUCUUAGUUACCUGUAUUAAUUUGUAUCAUGUGUUUAAUGUUAUUACAUAUAGUCACUAUAAUCGCAUCUCAUGUAUGACAUGUACACACACACCUGCUCAAAGUGCAUAGGUGCAUAAAAUUAAAUACAUGUAGGCAUGAUGCAUACAUGCAUAUUAUGUACAUAAUUUUAGGAGGAACAUCAUUUUCAUUUUUUUUGAACGGCUUAAUUAGGAGGUUCGUCAUUAAUUAAUGUAAUAACUUUGAUUUUAAUUU